CCUUCGCUAUUCAAAGUGUGUACCAAGUGGUAUUUCGUUUCUCUAAUCGCUCGAUUUUCAACUCCAACAAGUUCAACUCUUGGCGUUCUCAUCUGUAUCACACGAUCAUAGUUAGAAACUGCCAUCGCCACUGGCCUUUUUGACUAUGUUUUACAUGACAAGUCUCACAACUUUUUGAUACCUAAUGUUGGCAUCUCCUCUUCACCAUGUCAGAUAUGACGAGGUCAAGUUAUAUCGCUUAUAUCGGACUCUACCCAACGUUGCUUGUGCAACCUUUAGGAAGGCAAUAUGCUCUUCAUACCAGAUCGUAUUUCUCUUCAACUUCCGCAAUCUCUAUUCAAGAACAACAUUCGUCUCGUUCGAUCCCAUCUUCAUGUGGAGAGAUGACUGCUCUUUGACAAAGCUACACUGGAUGGUCGGCGAAGCUUCGGGUACUGGGCCUUGCCCACCUGCUUUUGCAUCCAGAGCUCAUCUUAGUAGUCAAACGUGCCUCGAACUCAGUAUGUACUUACCGAGAGUAUCGUUCAUCUCCAGUAGUAUCAUACCCACCUUGGCUCGGAUCCUCCUCAGCCAACGCAGUAAUGUUUCUCGUGGUAUGGACAGGCUGCCUAUCAUCCAAUUAUCAAACGCACACUGAGAUCAUGUGGAUACGGCCUCUUCGCCACUAAAUAUCAAUCUCAUCUUCUGCUAUUUAUCUGGCAUAGUUGUCGUUGGAGCUUACAUAUGAGACGAGGGC